AUGGAUGAUCUCAACGACUUGAUCUGGGGAAAUUCCGGUGUAAGCAAAACCAAAACCCCGCAGAAUAAUUCCACUUCAUUGAAUUCCCUACGAGGUCAUUCCAAUACUCCAUCAACAACAAAAACUUCACCAAUUCUCUCAUCAGCUAAUAAAAUUCAUUCAACUCCUAUUGCAAGUACACCAAACUACUUUUCAUCUUCUAUUAAUAGUAAUUCAUCCGAAAGUUCCGCUUUUAAUAAAUCCCCUGACGAUUCUCCAAGAAUAAAUCCCGUCAGGAAUAAUACCGAAGCCUUUGAUAAGCUUCAUUCAUUUAACAAAAAACCAACAAGCCUGUCCCUGAUCGAACAACUUAAACUUCGAGAACAGGAACGACGUCGUAAAGAAGAGGAGGAAAAUCAACGUUAUGACGAACAUUAUGACCAAUCAAAUUUUUGGGAUUCUUUGGAGAGUAAAUCUAAUAAUAACCAGUCAACCGCUAAUCGGAAUGGGACAAGUGAUUCGCAGAAAACCAUAAAUCAACAAGUUGAUUUAUUCGAUGAACUUUUGAUGCCAUCAAGUAACAUUGAGAAACAUGAAUCAAAUCCUAACAAAGCAAAAAAUAAAUUUUAUUCUCAACCAAACGCUUCAUUGGGUAGUGGUAACAACCGACCAGACAUUGGAAUUUUGUCCAACACUACCAACAAAAUAUCAGCAUCAGAUGAUUUACUUGAUUUUGGAAUCUUUGAACAAGCACCCAAAUCAUCUCAAGUCAUUGUUGAGGACAACAUAGAUCCAUUUGAUACUAAAUCUGUGUCCACUCUUACUAAUGCGAGCUCGACAGUGUCACGGGAUUCUAGCGAAAGUCCAAUCCAAAGGAAUAUUCAUAAAGAUCAUUUGGUUGCACAGAUUGUUGAUAUGGGAUUUUCGGCUAGCGAAGCUGAGACUGCACUUGCCGCCACCUCCAGUGGUGAAGAUAUAUCAUCUGCCAUCGAAAUUCUUUUUCAACAACGUGAGGCCGAAAAUCAAGUUUUUGCGAGACGUGAGAUGAAUCGGAAUCUUCAUAAGACUCGGCAGCCAAACUUUCGUAAAUUUAAUACCGCGCAGGCUUAUUCUCCGUAUGAAGAUGAUGACGACGACAGUGAACCUGGAUCUAUACCGAGAAGUCGAAAUGCACCAAAAAAAAGUCAUCUUGAUGUAGCAAAAAGUAACAUGUACGGGAGAAGCGUGUCUGAUGGAGAAAGUAGCGAUCUUUCUUCUUCAUCUUCAAAUUUCUAUCAAUCCAAAGAAAAACUCAUCUCAACGGCUAGCGAAUUUGGAUUAACUGCAUUAAAGAAAGCAAGUACAUUGUAUAAACAAUCCAAAGAAAAAGUCAACAAAGCAAUAGAAGAAAUACAGAGGCAACAAGGGCAUCCAGAUGGUGAGGUUAAAAGGCCAAGAUGGAUGCAAGAUCAAUAUUUCCAAGAUUCGGACGAUUACUCGAGCGAAAAAUAUGGAGAUUCAACCGAUCAGCUUAAUGAAAUAAAUCAUGACGACAAUAAGUUUCAAGAAAAAUAUGGAAAAAUGGAAGGAUUCGGGAAAUUUAGGGACGUUCAUAAAAAUGAUUCGGGUGAUGAGACUAGACAACCAGAAAAAAUUUCGAAUAAAAUUAACAGCAUAAGUCGCGAAAUUCGGGAUCGACUGGUUGGAAAAAAUCCUUCAAAGGUUGAUGAUAGAUACGGAAAUCUGGAAAGGUACGUAGACAGCGACAGUACAAGUAACGAGAAUCUUGGUCACAUCGGAAUAAAUGAAAAAUUAAGUAAAUUGGAGAAAUUUCAAGAUAGCUAUGAUGAGACUAGUAGUGAGGAUGACCAGCCCGUUAAUCGUAAUCGUUUCGGACCGACCCCUUCUCGAUCUCAAGUAUCUAAUUUCGAUAGUAUCCCUUCGCAAAAACAAAUGCCCAAACCCCCCAAGCCAGCUGUACCUUCGAGAAAAACCAAACCAGAUAUUGAGUCAACGUACAUAUCACCUCGUCGACGUCCGGUAAAUAAUCCAAAAAAUGUUUCCCAUGAACCAUCACCUACAAUUAAGGCUUCACCGAAACCUGCUCCAACCCCACGCCCAGUAAUACAUGCGUCAUCUGAACAAUUAAGUAGUUCAGAUAUUCACAAAAACAAAGGAAAUGAAGUAUUCAAACUUGGACAAUUUGACGAGGCAGAAAAAUUCUAUUCGCUUGCCAUCGAAUCAUUACCUUCUAAACACCUACUACUCGUUGUACUUUACAAUAACCGCGCGACAACGAGGCUCAAAAUCGGAAAUAAUCGUGGUUGUGUUGAAGAUUGCACUUUUGCGCUUGAGUUAAUAGAUGAUGUUAUGCGACCGCCACCACCAGGAGUUGAAAUAGAUCUAAAAGGGCAGUAUGCAAAAGCACUUCUUCGUCGUGCCUCUGCAUACGAGUCGAUGGAGAAGUAUGAUCGCGCAAAGGACGAUUAUCAACAAUUAAUUAAUUCUGAUCCAAGUAGUAGUAACAAAGUCAGUGAUGGAUUACGACGUUGUCAGAAAGCAAUAAUGAUGUCAAACGGCCAGAGUUCAGCGAAUAAUAUUUCAAAUAUGCGAGUGCCCGAAUAUACGUCCUCAUCAUCCACGGCCUACAAUAACGUAGCAAUUCAGCCAGAUUCACAAAAUACCUUUGGCACACCUCUUAAUGAGUUCGGAUUUGUUGACCCAAAUGUGAACGUAUCGAUACCGAUACCUGUAGAUCCAAAUAAUCCUGCAGUUAAGAAGCUAAGAGAUCAUGCACGUCAACAAGACUUUGAAGAAUCGGAAAGAUUGAGACAUAAAGAUGAUGUGGAUCAAAGGAUAUCGCAAUGGAAAUUAGGAAAGGAAACCAAUGUCAGAGCACUGAUUGGUUCUUUAGAAACGAUACUUUGGGAUGAAUUAAGAUGGAAAAAAGUAGGACUACAUGAAUUGGUCACACCUGCACAAGUUAAAAUUCAAUAUAAGAAAGCCAUCGGAAAAGUGCAUCCUGAUAAGUUAAAUGUCUCAACUACAAUUGAGCAAAGACUUUUGGCCAACGGAGUAUUCUCCAUCCUAAAUGAUGCGUGGGAUGUGUUCAGGGCUCAAAAUAAUUUGUAA